AUGUCCAAGACAAUGGAUACUUUUUUUUCGCCACCUCCAACUAACUUAUCAAUUUCGCGGCCUACAAUCAAUAAUAGAUUCUCUCCAAAAAACUACAAAUUUCAAGGUCCUAAGCCUUUAAAUAUGCAACGAUCUAGUUUGGAUGGACCACCAAGAUAUUCAGCAAAUGAAAAUAUACACGUAAUAGGUAAUGAUAAUACAAAAAAUGUCUCAAAAAAAAGUGUUUUUCGUAAAACAGUGGACUAUAAUUCAUCGUUGAUUCGAAUGCUCCAAAGUAGAAUUUGGCAACGAGAUUUCCGAGAUAGACCUUUUUUACAACCAAUCGAAUUAUAUACACCCCAUCUUUUACCUCCUCAGUGUUACAUAAAUAAUUGUGCAAGCUCAAUUACUACUACGUUGGUUAAAACUGUUACUAAUAGAUUACGAUCUCCUGUGAUUUGUUCAGAAUGGACACCAGAAGGUAGACGUUUAAUAACUGGUACAUACAAUGGUGAAUUAACUGUGUGGAAUGGGCUGACGUACAAUUUCGAAACCAUUAUACAGGCCCAUAAUUCGGCUGUUCUUUCAAUGACAUGGUCUCAUAAUGGUAAUUGGAUGAUUACUGGAGAUAAUAAAGGUUUUGUAAAAUAUUGGCAAUCAAAUAUAAAUAGUGUUAAUAUGUUUCAAGCACACAAAGAAGCUGUUAUAUCUACAAGUUUUAGCCCACCUGAUAAUAAAUUUGCAACAUGUUCAUAUGAUGGAACUAUACGUAUUUGGGACUUUUUUACAAAUAGAGAAGAAAAAAUACUUCAAAUUGGGGCCCGUGUGAAAUGCAUUGACUGGCAUCCGCAAAAGGGUCUUUUGAUAUCUGGCAGUAAGGAUUAUAAACAAUCAAUUAAACUUUGGGAUCCGAAAACCGGUCAAUCAUUAGUUACUUUAAAUGCUCAUAAAAGUACAGUCAUGGAUGUUAAGUGGAAUGCCAAUGGUAAUUGGUUGGUAUCUGCAUCUUCAGAUAGCUUAUUAAAAUUAUUUGAUAUUAGAAAUCUUUCUCGUACAGUUCAAACAUUCAAAGGUCACAAGAAUAAAGUUAAUACUAUUGCCUGGCACCCAUUUCAUGAAAAUUUAUUUUGUAGUGGAGGUGAUUUUAAUGCGAGUAUAUUAUUUUGGAAUGUCGAUGUUGAUAAAUGUGUGGGAUCUAUUGAGAAUGCACACGGAAAUAUUAUUUCGUCAUUGGCUUGGCAUCCAAUAGGUAUAGUAUUAUGUUCUUCUUCAUAUGAUACCAAUUGUAAAUUUUGGACACGAAACAGACCUGGAAAAAAAGAAGUAAAAUCAGUUUCUAGAAAAACAGAAAAUACAACAUCUGAUGCACAAUUACCUAUACCAGGAUUGGGUUUUGAAGGUAUUGAUAAAAAAGAUUUUCAUAAAUCAUUGGUUGACAGUACCACUUCUGAUAUUGCUUCUACUAAUGGAGUUUUCAAGGAUAAAAAAAUUUUCAAAUCUAAACAAAUUCCUAAAAAUUUUCAAAAUUUGUGGUAUGAAUACAAAGCUAACGAUCAAAUAAUAGAAAUUAAUUCAAAAAAAAAUAUUGGUCCUGAUAGUAAUUUGGUGAAUAAGAGUUCAAUGGACUUAAUACCUGAUUACAUACCAGCAAGAAAUUUAAAACCAGAAUUUCCUUUUGUUUAUGGGCAAAUGAUAAAAAUAGAUCGAAAUCAACCAUUAGAAAAUGGAAUAAGAAAAGACCAAGAGUCAUUAAUGCAUUCUCUUAAUUCAGAUGUAAUACCAAAAGUACGGCAACAUCGUCCGUUUGAAAGCAACAAUAAUACAAUUUCCGCAUAUGCUGACCAACACUUCCAAAAUGAUCAAAUUGUACGCAGAAAUGCAUUUAACAAUGAUGUAAAUGCAAAUAUUUUUACAAGACAGGACGUUGAUCUCAGAAUCAAUUACAAUUUUAACCAAAAUAACGUAUACUCCAAUAAUACAAAGUAUUUCUAA